UGUUUUUGUAUCGAUUGUCCUCGAUCGCGAAAUAUAACUCAUGUGUUUCGUCGCGUAGAAAUAAUUAAAUUUUAUAAAAUGUCGAAAAUAUUACAGAAAUAUAUAAAAUUUUCAACCGAGGAGCUGGAGGCAUACGCCAACAAUGCCGGGUCAUGCGUGAAUUGCAUCAACACGGACAUGCACCUGUCGAUGGGGCCGUACGGCAUGGCCAGUUUCAAACAUGCGCUCCACGAACUGCUCAUCCGCACCAAAGUGGGAAUAUACGAUGCCAACCUGUCUGCCAUUGUGCUGGGCAUCAAGAACAUCAAGGUGCUGGGCCAGACGGCAGCCUUGCGAGCGGACGAUCCCACCUUGCACUUGUUCAUCAACGCGGACUUCUACGUCUUCCAGCCCGUGGAGGGUGCCGUCCUGAAUGGAGUUGUGCGGCACAUAUCCAAGCAUCAGGUUAGCGCCAUCAUCUACAGGGUCUUCAACACAACGAUUCGGUUCACCAACAACAAGAACACCAGGGAGGGCAUUGCCAUGGAUCAGGACAUUAAUUUUCGCAUCAAAAGCUUCAACAUGGGCAAUGUGAUGCCCUACAUCGAGGGAGAACUGUUGCUGGAGGAGGAAGAGGAGGGGCCAAAGAACAAAUCCAUCAAGUUUGGCAGCCCAGAGCCGGAGGAGGUUAAAGCCGAACUGGAGCUCGACGCGUUAAUAGAAUUGAUUAAAAAAGAGCCCGGUAUGGAGCCCUCGCCUAAGAAAAAGCAAGCGAAAAAACGUAAAACAGCUGACAAGGACGACAAGCUGACAAAGAAAGUGAAAAAAGUAAUAAAAGCAGAGCCAAUAUAGCCUUAAAAUCCCACACCACCCUCGUGUUUUCCACAAUCCUCUGAUUAGUACAAAUUAGGCAGUACACGUAGUAUAUAUAUAAGGUUAGUAGUACCUCAUUUAUCACCCCCUGCUAUGCUGGUGUAGCGAUUCGGUGUACAAAAACAAUGUGCAAUCAGGUAUACACUUCCAAAGGUUAACAAAAUAAAUGCAGUUGCCUUCCCAAAGCGUUAAGCACGUUGUAGAUAUUCGGUUAACGUGUCUCCUUGAGCUAUGCUAAGCCACUCAUGUGUAGCCGAAUGAAGCUGAUGAGCUGUGGGUAUCGGUGGACUUUGGUUUCCCCAUUAGUUGAGACGUCUAACAAAGGCCUGUUAGUGAUAUUAAUCAGCCUCUCUGAAGCUGCUCUGGCACACAGGAGUUACCACUUUCUGG